GUGAGCCAAUGACUCUCAGGACAGAACAACGAACAGAUCCAGGAAGGAUGUUAAGCCUCCUUCUAUGUGUGAGUUCCCUCCUCCUCCCCCUCCUCCCCUUCUCCCUAGCCCAGGGGUCGGGGGUGAAGUUGCGCCUGGCGGGGGCGGGCCGGGCCCCUAACGAGGGUCGCGUGGAGGUGUUCUACAGCGGGGCGUGGGGGACGGUGUGCGACGACGAGGUGGACAUCAACCUGGCCAACGUGGUGUGCCGAGAGCUGGGCUACUCACACAGUCUCACCUGGGCGCACAGCGCCAAGUUCGGAGAAGGACAAGGUUUGAUCUGGUUGGACAACGUGCGCUGCACGGGCACCGAGCGCUCUCUGGCCGAGUGUCGCUCCAACGGCUGGGGGAUCAACGACUGCACUCACGCCGAGGACCUGGGGGUCGUGUGCAGCCCUCACGGAGGUGCACCGCCCCACGUUAACCGUGUCGAGGGAUCCCCGGCGUCCCUGACCUCCGCGCACCCACCUCCGCGCCCCUCCCCGCGCCAAGAGAGGACCCAGCGGCCCCAGCCGGAGACCGUGGCCCCCACGCACACCCGGUCCGCCCAGAGGAAUGGCCAUGAGAUUGCGCUCCAUCGCGGCACCCCCACAGGUCAAAGUUCACGGUCCCAGCGUCGGGGUCACGAGAUCCGUCUGCGCACCCGUUACGACGGCCAGGGUCCGGCGGCCAGGAACGGGCAGGAGAACCAGGUGGUGCCACAGGGGCACCAGAUCCCCCCACGGCUGGGGGUCUACAGGCAGACCCAGGGUGGGGACCGGACCGGGGUGCCGAGCAGCCGGUGGGGGUCAGAGGUCACCAGGCAGCCCAGUGGGAACCACGUGGAACCGGAGUUGGAGAUCCACAACAUGGAUAAUGAGGUAGACUUCACGGACAGACAGACGGGCAGUAAGGUGAAGCUGGAGGAGGUGCGCCUGAGGCCCAUUCUGACGGGCGCCAGCCGAGGCCUGCUGCUGGAGGGUGUUCUGGAAGUGAAGCACGCUGGGAGGUGGCGCCACGUGUGCGACCACGGCUGGGACCUGAGCAGCAGCCGAGUGGUGUGCGGCAUGCUGGGAUUCCCCGGCGCCGAGGACUUCGACCGCGUGGCCUACAGAAAACGAUGGGAUGCGAAGUUGGCAGAUCCAUCCACAAGACUGGCAGCGCUGUCCAGUAAAAAGGGCUACUGGGUCGAGCGGAUCCAGUGUUUGGGCACGGAGCCUGCCCUGUCCCAGUGCAACGCCCAGCUCUCCCUCCCCAGGAACCCAGUCACCUGCCCAGGGGGGAUGCACGCCGUCGUUCGCUGUGUGCCCGGACACCAGUUCACACGCCUCUCCUCCGGGAGGCCGCCCGCACCCCCCACAGUCCAGCCCGUGGUGCGUCUGAAGGCCGGGCCACGCCUGGGGGAAGGCAGGGUGGAGGUCCUGAGGGACGGGAAGUGGGGCACCGUGGCAGACCACCUGUGGGACCUGGGCGCGGCCAGCGUGGUGUGCAGGGAGCUGGGCUUCGGCUCGGCCAAGGAGGCCCUCAACAACGCAGAGCUGGGACAGGGUACUGGACCAAUCCACAUUAACUCAGUCCAGUGCACUGGCCGAGAGAAGUCCCUCCUGCAGUGCCAGUUCCAGGAGGUCCCUCUCUAUAGCGUAAAACACACCCACGACGCCGCCGUACGCUGCAACGUGCCCACCACCGGGCUGGAGACCAGGGUGCGCCUGGCAGGGGGCAGGGAGCCGGCCGAGGGGCGUGUGGAGGUGCUGAUGGAGGUGGGAGGGGUGCAGAAAUGGGGGGCCGUCUGCAGUGAGAACUGGGGGAUCAACGAGGCCAUGGUGAUCUGCCGGCAGCUGGGCUUCGGCUUCGCAUCCAGAGCCCACCAGGAGACGUGGUUCUGGCCCGGAACCCAGGAGGCAGCGGAGGUGGUUCUGAGUGGAACCCGCUGCAUUGGAACAGAGAUGUCCAUCCAGCAGUGUGGAAGGAACAAUCAUGUUUACUGUCCCAGGGGAGGAGACGGACGCGCCGCCGGGGUUACCUGUGUCGAGACGGCUCCUGACUUGGUUCUAGACGCCCAGCUGGCCCAGGAGACGGCCUACCUGGAAGACCGUCCCCUGCACCUCCUCACCUGUGCCAAUGAGGAGAACUGUCUGUCUUCCUCCGCCGCCCGGAUGAACUGGCCCUAUGGACACCGUCGCCUCCUGCGGUUCUCCUCUCGCAUCAUGAACCUGGGCAGGGCCGACUUCAGACCCAGAGCCACCAGGGAGGCCUGGACAUGGCACCAGUGUCACAGGCACUACCACAGCAUUGAGGUCUUCACUCACUAUGACCUUUUGACCCUAAACGGAACUAAGAUCGCUGAGGGUCACAAAGCCAGCUUCUGUCUGGAGGACACCUACUGCCCUGACGGCAUCCAGAAGCGCUACGCCUGCUACAACAUGGGGGAGCAGGGAAUCUCUGUGGGCUGCUGGGAUACCUAUCGUCAUGACAUCGACUGUCAGUGGAUCGACAUCACCGACGUCAAGCCUGGGGAGUACAUCUUCCAGGUGGAGGUUAACCCUUCGUUGGACAUGGCCGAGUCUGACUUCCAGAACAACGUGAUGCGUUGUCGCUGCAAGUAUGACGGGGGGCGGGUCUACCUGUUCGGCUGUCACGCAGGUGAUGCAUACAGUCCAGAGGUGGAGGAUCUGUUCGAGCACCAGCGUCAGAUCACCAACAAUUUCCUCUAACCGACAGAACAAAAGAACCACCAGUAGAAUGUCUCCGUCCAACAGGAAGAUCGAUGAGAGACUUCGGCAACCACAUAUCAACUAAUGGGAGGUCUCAGGACAUUUCCCUGACGCCACACCUGACCUCACCCAAUCAGGGAAGAGGGGGCAUGAGGAUUACCAGGAG